UGGCUAAGUUCUAGACCUGCACUUCGGAGUGUGUUCUGCGUGGCCCAGGUGUUCAAAGGGUCCUAGGACCCACUCGGACCAUUUGUCCUUUCUUCAACUGUAUUCAACUGAGGAAAUUGUUUGUCUUUUUGCAUUUUCUUUGUGGUAUCUUGGCUUGAGAGCUGGAGUCCAGGGUGAGUUUCGUGCUUACAGCCCAGGACCCCCUGCAGGGGAAAGCUGGCCUGUCAUGGGGAUGGAACUGUUUGCUAUUGCCGUGGUUAUUAUACUCUUUGUAGCUGUCCUCAAGCAGUUUGGGAUACUGGAGCCCAUGUCCAUGGAAGAUAGCAGCGAGAGCGACUUCGAACUAUCCAUAGUACGUCACCAGCCAGAGGGACUCGAUCAGCUUCAAGCUGUCACCAAGUUCACAAAGAAGGAACUUCAGUCCUUAUACAGGGGCUUCAAAAACGAGUGCCCAAGCGGAUUGGUUGAUGAAGAAACAUUCAAGCUAAUCUACUCACAGUUCUUUCCACAGGGAGAUGCCACUAUGUAUGCACACUUUCUCUUCAAUGCCUUUGAUCAGGACAGGAGCGGGGCAAUACGGUUCGAGGAUUUUGUCAUUGGCCUGUCUAUUCUUCUACGGGGGACUGUCCAUGAAAAGUUAAAAUGGGCCUUCAAUCUGUAUGAUAUUAAUAAAGAUGGAUACAUCACUAAAGAGGAGAUGCUGGCGAUUAUGAAGUCCAUCUAUGACAUGAUGGGGCGUUAUACCUACCCUAUGCAAAGGGAGGAUGCGCCCAUUGAGCACGUGGAGAGAUUCUUCCAAAAAAUGGAUCGGAAUCAUGAUGGAGUGGUGACCAUUGAUGAAUUUUUGGAGACCUGUCAGAAGGAUGAAAACAUAAUGAAGUCCAUGCAGCUAUUCGAGAAUGUUAUCUAGAUAAGGAAGCGUCACUCCACCAAUGCCAGCACUAGAAAAUGACCCAUCCAACCACAUAACCCCACAUUUGGAUCACAUUCACCACCCUUUCCUGGUGUCACACAUAGGAUGGAUGGUGUUGUAAAUUCUCUCCCAGGGAACAGAGGAUCCUAAUUACUGCCUGCCUGUUUGCACUGACCCCAUACUCUUCACCGUAAAAACUUACCUUUGAAAAGGACAGUUUUAUACUAUUGAAAUUAAAAAGCACAUUAUAUAUAUAUCUGCAAGAGCCAGGAUUCUUAUCAGGGAUUUUUACUGAACGCUGCUCUUGCCUGAAGCCUCAACACGAGAGCGUUUAUGAAUGAACACCUGCUCCCCCUGGUUGCUAUAU